CAGACAGAGAGAGACAGAGAGACAGAGAGAGACAGAGGGAGAGAGAGAGAGACAGAGGGAGAGAGAGAGAGACAGAGAGACAGAGAGAGAGACAGAGGGAGAGAGAGAGAGAGAGAGAAACCGGGGACCGGGAGGAGACAGCUGACAGGAGAACAGAUUGUCAUAACGUGGUUUGAACUGGUCACCUGACAGGAUGGGGGACGUGGCACAAGACGAGACGAGCUUCUACUCCAACGCUGAGGGUUACUGGAGGGACGUGUCCCCCACAGUGGACGGAAUGCUGGGCGGCUACGGCAGCAUCUCCAACAUCGACAUCAACGGCUCCAAAGCGUUUCUGCACAAGUUCCUCGGUGAAGGGGACGGGAAGACGGGGACGGGCUGCGCUCUGGACUGUGGCGCCGGCAUCGGGAGGAUCACCAAGCGCCUGCUGCUGCCUCUGUUCCACACGGUGGACCUGGUGGACGUGACGCAGGAGUUCCUGGACAAAGCCAAGACGUACCUGGAGGAGGACAGCAAGAGAGUGGGGAACUACUUCUGCAGCGGCCUGCAGGACUUCGUACCCGAGAGCGGACGCUACGAUGUCAUCUGGAUCCAGUGGGUCAUCGGUCACCUGACGGACGACCACCUGGUGGACUUCCUGCGUCGCUGCCAGAAAGCCCUGCGGCCCAACGGCCUCAUCAUCAUCAAGGACAACAUGUCGUACGAGGGCGUGGUCCCUGACGAGGUGGACAGCAGCGUGUGCCGUGAGCUGCCGAUAGUUCGCAGCCUGGUGAGCAGAGCCGGCCUUCGCAUCGUCCACGAGGAGCAACAAAUGGACUUCCCCAAGGAGAUCUACCAGGUCCACACGCUCGCCCUCAGAUAGACGCCGGGAAGCGCGGCGGCCUCUUAUAUUUAAGUGUUUUUAUGUGGAAAUGGCGUUUCUCGAGUCAGCAAUCUAUUUGUGAUGUUCCUGGAAGUGUUGUGCAGUGUGAUGAGUUUGUGGAGCGUGUGCGUUGCUUAAAGCCGAGCCGUGUUUUCAGGACACACGGUAAAGUCACAUCACGCCUUCGUCCAGCUCGCGUUCAAGACGGACACGCUCCAGCUGCCUGUUUUAGUCCCUCAGGUCAGAGGUCAGGUCGGCCAAUCGAAACUGCUGCUGUGUGUGAAACACCUCGAUCUUUAUUCUUCCACAUGACGAACAGCAACGUUUGUUACUGUGGAAGUGUGACAUCACAUCCUGUCCUGGAGCAGGAAGACGUCCUUCUUCCAGUUUCCAGAUGUGGAGCCUCUUCAUCCCUUUUAAUCCUGCAACGCCACAAACUGUCCUCUCGUCACCGUCUGUCUCCUGAGUUGUGUAUUUUAUCAGAAAGGACGACGACAAAAGCAAAAUGAAGCUGCUGCUCAACGUUUGAACCCCCAGGACAGAACACCGUCGCUUGUGGUGAAUCGACCUUGGAUGGUUCAAAUAUUACGGCUGAUAAUCAGAAAAGGAUUUUUACCUCAGGAGCCACAGAUCUGGAGAGAUGACACGUUUCUAAACUGAAUCUUUUGAUAUUUGACGUCGUCCUCUUUAUUAAUAAAACUUUAUUAAUUCAU